GCACGCCACACUGGCUGCAGCAGGGCUGCGCUUCCCGGUACAUCCGGGUUACUGGCACGCACGCGCGUGACGCAUGCCCGGCGGCGCUCGUCGUCGUCGUCUCCCUGGUGGCGGCUCCUCCUCCUCCUCCUUUGGCAGUCUGGUCCCUGCGGGCGGCUCCGGCGCUGCUGCUCCCGCUCCCCAGACUUCGGUCCCUCCCCUCGGCUUCGGGGAGGGGGCAGCGCGGUUUCACAGAAAAGCUGCUACAACUGCUUUGUAAGGAGCAAUACGUUAAAAAGGAUUCAAGACUAUAUUGUCACCUGAUUGGGAACAAAAACAGAGCAGCACUGGCUGUAGUUCAUCUUGCAACUCCACUCGCACUCGAUCACAGCACCACAAAGUUUCCAAAGGUAACUUAACAUGGGGAACCUUCUAAAAGUUCUAACAUGCACAGACCUUGAGCAGGGACCAAAUUUUUUCCUUGAUUUUGAAAAUGCUCAACCUACAGAAUCAGAAAAGGAAAUUUAUAAUCAGGUAAAUGUAGUGUUAAAGGAUGCAGAAGGAAUCCUGGAAGACUUGCAGUCGUACAGAGGAGCCGGUCAUGAAAUAAGAGAGGCAAUACAGAAUCCCUCUGAUGAAAGGCUACAGGAGAAGGCAUGGGGUGCGGUUGUCCCUCUAGUGGGCAAACUAAAGAAAUUCUAUGAAUUUUCUCAAAGACUAGAAGCAGCAUUACGAGGUCUCCUUGGAGCCCUGACAAGCACUCCAUAUUCUCCCACACAGCACCUGGAGCGAGAGCAGGCUCUUGCAAAACAGUUUGCAGAAAUUCUUCAUUUCACACUUCGGUUUGAUGAGCUGAAGAUGACUAAUCCUGCAAUACAGAAUGACUUCAGCUACUACAGAAGAACCUUGAGUCGUAUGAGGAUCAACAAUGUUCCAGCUGAAGGAGAAAAUGAAGUAAAUAACGAAUUGGCCAACAGAAUGUCUUUAUUUUACGCUGAAGCAACACCAAUGUUGAAAACCUUAAGUGAUGCAACAACAAAAUUUGUUUCUGAGAACAAAAAUUUACCAAUAGAAAAUACCACAGAUUGCUUAAGCACCAUGGCCAGUGUUUGCCGAGUCAUGCUGGAAACCCCGGAAUACAGAAGCAGGUUCACAAAUGAGGAAACAGUAUCAUUCUGUCUGAGGGUAAUGGUGGGUGUCAUCAUUCUCUAUGACCAUGUGCAUCCAGUUGGCGCUUUUGCUAAAACUUCAAAAAUUGAUAUGAAAGGAUGCAUCAAAGUUCUCAAAGAUCAGCCUCCAAACAGCGUAGAAGGCCUUCUAAAUGCUCUCAGGUACACAACAAAACAUUUGAAUGAUGAGACUACCUCCAAGCAAAUAAAAUCUAUGUUGCAAUAACAGUUACCUGGAAAUGCCCUGCUGUAAACUGAAGACAGUAUUCUGCAAUGACUGAGAUGCACAGAUCUUUUUUAAGUGAUUGAACAGCUAUCUUCUUCAGUCUUGCUUUUGAUUUUUUUUCCUUGUCCUCUUUUCCCUUUAAAAAAAAAAAUCACGUUCUUGUUCUUGAGUAAGCCGAUAACUUCUUUUCUGUGCCAAAAUCAAUGAAAUCUAUCAACUCUGGAAGGUAAUUUUUACUUUUCAGAAUGGCCAUUCUAUGUGGCAGCUAAUUCUGUGUUGCGUUUUGGAUUUCUCUGUACUGGGGAAAGUUCUGUGACUUGAACUAAAUAUUUUUAAACGUGUUUUAUUUCUUUUUUGUUUUUGAAAAACUAAUAUUUAAUAUUGCUUCUUGUGCAUGGCAAAACUGCCUAUUUCUGCUAUUUAAAAAAAAUAAAAGAAACCCUCAGUGACUUCAUUUUUUAUUGCAGCUUUUUUAUGUGCAACCAUGAGGAAACUUAAGAGCAGAUUUGUUUAAAUUAACUGUGUUUGUACAAAUGGUACCCAACACAAAGGUUUUUUUAAGAAAAAAGAAUUGAGUAAAAACUGUUUGUUUUUAAAAGUUAAGUUUGCAUUUUGACUCAUUUUUGUAAGGAUGUAUGUUGUAUGUUUAACUAACGUUUAAAAAAAAAGUGGUGUGUGCGUACCUAAAUUACGUAUGCAUGUUUGUGUCAAAUGACUGGCGGUGGAGAUAAUAAAAAUCGGCUUUCAUUUU